AUUAAUCUUAUUUUACAAGCAUUAUACACACACUGACAGCUAUCGAAAAAAUCUGUCAAACCUAAAUUAUUAAAUUUGUUUUUCCAUGAAAUAGAGUGAGAUGCAAUGCCAAUGCCACAAGUGCGACCGUACAUUGAGAGCACUGGAUAACUAGAAGCAAGUUCUGGGAAGGUUCUAUUCUGGACAGAGGUUUAUGGCGAAUUAAAUGUAGCUCGUGCUUGAAUUAUAUGUUAAUAACACAAUGUUGGAAGUGGACAAAAUGUUGGAAAAAUGCGGCGAUUUCAAUCGACAGCAGCUAAUCAUGCUGCUUCUCUCUUCUCUGAUCAAUUUACUAUCAGCCAUGCAUUUCGUAUCAUCCUCGAUCAUGAACACUGUGCCAAAGCAUUGGUGUGCUGAUGGGCUAGGCUCGGGGCCACCACCACCAAAUAUAGACGAAUGCAAGCCAUUCUACUCUAAUUCAAGCAACUCUGGCACCUGCAAUAAGUACCACUAUGAGUCAUACAUGGGCUAUCAGGGUUUUGUCAGCGAAAUGAACUGGAUAUGUGAUAAGGAAUGGAAACUGAAACGGGCAUACAACAUUCAAAUUGCGGGCUGCGUGUUAGGCAGUCUAGUUAUGGGCUAUUUGGCAGAUAGACUGGGUCGGGUGCCCAUUCUUGUUUUCGCCAAUGUCAUUACCGUAUUGGGAAACUUUUUGACAAUCUUUGGCGUGAAUUUCGAACUGUUUUGUAUGUUUCGAUUUCUUAAUGGUUUCGUCGUUAACAGCAACUUUUCGAUUAUUCGCAUUCUUAUUGUGGAAUAUAUGCGUCCUUCUUUGCGCACCGUUUGCCUGAACAUCUGUUACGGUUUCUUUAUCUAUUUGGGCCUGGUAAUUUCACCUUGGAUUGCGAUCCUCACAGGUAGUUGGCGUCGUUUCAUUCUUCUCGAAGCGCUGCCAAUAAUUGUGGUGCCGUUUUUCUAUUAUUUUGUGCCAGAGAGCGUUCAAUGGCUGAUCUCAAGGCAGAAAUAUGACAAGGCUAUAGAGUCCCUGAGACGUGUGGCCAAGAUUAAUGGCCGCCAAAUUGAUGACAGCGUCUAUGAGGAAUUCAUUGAGGACUGCAAAUUAAGUCAGCAAAAUACGAAGACCAACCCAAAUCUGCUGCACCUCUUCAGAACGCCGCGCCUACGCCGCACCUUUUUAAUAUUGUUGUUUGAAUUCUUGGUAUUUCCCUUAUACAAUAAUACUGUCAGUUAUCAUGUGAAUCGACUUGGGAUUUCGCCAUUUGUAAUGGCCUCACUGUCUGUAACUCCUCUUCUGCCUGCCAGCUUGGCAGCAAUUAUCCUGCAAGAUCGCAUCGGACGCAAGGCGUCGGCUUUUACAAUACAGCUCCUCAUGUGCAUUUCCGUCUUGGUAACGGGCGUCGUCCUCUCACCCGCUACUAAUCGCUCCCUCAGAGUUCUGUUUACGUUUUAUGUUAUUGGGGCCUUUUUUUGCUACCUUGCCUUCAACUUAAAUACUCUGUACACCUUGGAGUUGAUUCCAACAUGUGUGCGUGGUCAGGCAUUUGGUGCUCUCUCUACCGUAGGCCUUGCGAACUUAUUGCACAACCCUUACAUGAACAUGCGUACAAUCUUCUUGCCGCUGCCGGAAAUCAUUCUGGGCGUGCUCACUUUGCUGGGUGCCGGAUUGUUCUUACUGCUGCCGGAGACACUGAAUCGCACGCUGCCCGGUUCACUGGAGGAUGGCGAGCAGCUUGGCAUUGACGAGCAUUGGUACACAUUUAGGUGCAUGGAGAAGCGAAAGGAGCCGGAAGAGCUUGAUAGCUCGUUGGCACCACGAAAUGAAAUUGCAGCGGUACAUUGAGAGCACUGGCUAACUAGAAGCGAGUUCUGGGAAGGUUCUAUUCUGGACAGAGGUUUAUGGUGAAUUGAAUCUAGCACGUGCUUGAAUUAUAUGUAAAUAACACAAUGUUGGAAGUGGACAAAAU